UUACUUGGUUUGCUUUUUCUAUUCUCAAGCAUCAGCAUAGAUUUAAAUUUAUUUUAAUUAUAAUAAACAUGCUGACUCUUAUCUAACAAAAUCUCUACUUUUUUCACUUUAUUGCUACUGUCCAGGGCAUUUUUUUCAACGUUAGCAAGUUUUGAGAGCAUUGUUUGAUGGAUUACACCUUAAAAAAAGCAAUUUUGGCUGGAAAGUUCUCUCAAAUCCAUUCUAGAGGGCAGACAAGGUGCAUCAAAGUGUUCCUCUGUGCGCAUCCAGAAGAAUCAAAAACUCAGAGGAAAGCCUUGAGAGAAAAGGUAUACCCAAAGCUGCGUGAAUAUUGCAGGCACAACUAUGGACUGGAAUUUCAGGUUUUUGAUGGUUAUGAUGGCAUUGAUCCUGAUGAUUUCAAUGAUACUCAGCUUAGACAGUUCCGUCUGAAGCUUCUAGAAGAAUGUCUGCAAUCUUCUGCUGGCCCUUGCUUUGUGGCACUCCUAGGUGAACAAUAUGGUAAUUCAUGCUUGCCAGCAGAAAUAGAAGUGUCUGAGUUUGAGAACCUUCGGUAUGUCACCCAGAAUGCAGGAAACACCACUGAGAUCUUGGAAACCUGGUACUACAGAGAUGAAAAUACAAUCCCACCAGCCUACCAUCUACUAGAAAAAGAGAAAUUUCUAUCACACUACUAUGACAAGAUGAAUGACCAAGCCAGAGAAACUGAUCAUAAAAAGUGGCAGGCUACUUUUAAUGAGCUGAAGUCAAUUUUGAAUCAUGCUGUGUCACUGUGUGUUCAGAAAGGAAUCCUAACAAUGAAGCAAGCUGCCAGGUAUUUCACAUCAGCUAUGGAAGAUGAAUUACGCUUUGCACUUGAAAAUAAGUCACCAAGCAAUUUGAGAAAAUGCAUCUGCUACGUUCAUAAAAUCCCAUCCCUUUGUCAGGCGACAGAAAAUAUACCAGAGAUGGAACUAGUAGAUGAACGAGGACGGGGUUAUGAAAUGCACUGCUUAAAUAAGUCAGAGACAUACUCCAGGCUUGGGUGGUUACGAGAUGUGCUACUGCCCUCACUGGCAGCCUCAGGAGACUUACUUGUUUACACCACCACCACCACCACGUUAAGUGACUUGACAACUGACUACCAGGAGAAGGAGGAAGAGUAUACAGAGGAGCUCUGUAAACAGUUUUACACAGAUGUGGUACAGCUGAUUGACUCUAAUGCUCAGAGAAGAACAGAAUGCUUUGAGAGCUUCUCAGAAGAAGUCAAGCAGCACCUUUCACUGUGUGAAGCUUAUUCAGAGCUCUACAUGUGUGAGUACAAAGAAAUGAAACAGAUUGAAGAAUACAUUGUGCAGGAAGAAACACAUACACCCCUCAUUGUCUUUGGAGGACCUUGUACUGGGAAAACAGUUCUUCUGGCAAAAGCUGUGACACAGGUAAUUACUAGCAAGCAGAUUCUCCUCCUCUCAGCAGAGUUGAGACAUGAACAAACUUCCACACAAAGUGAGGAUGAUGAACGUCCAUCUACUUUGGACCUACAGCACGGAACAGCAGAUAUAUCCAGUGAAGGGUCAAGCCAAGCCAUGCAUUAUCAAGUGAAGAAAGACCAGAUGCAAUCUUGGAUAAGAAACACUGACCCUUGUUUAGUUAUUCGUUUCAUGUUUACAUCACAGUAUAAUAGUUGUCUUAGAACUCUGCUGCUGGGAAUUUGCAGGCAAAUUGCAUUUAACUACAAGAAGGCAGUCAAAAGUUACUGGCAAGACAUUCAUGAACUUAAAGUGAAUUUUGCAAGCCUAUUAACAGCUGCAUCAAAGCAACAGCCUUUGGUUCUAGUUCUGGACGGCAUAGACCAAAUUUCAAAUGAAGACAAUGCAAGAACUAUGUGGUGGCUUCCAGACCGGCUGUCACCUUCUGUCAAAGUGAUUAUUUCUACCUCUACUAGGAAGCAUGGAAUUUUAAAUAAAUUUAAAAAUCUGUACAAGGAUUCACCAUGGUUUCUUGAAGUCAAGCCUCAGCAAAAGGAAUGUAUACAGAUGUUUACUAAAUGUCUUUCAGCUGUUGGCAGAAAAAUUACAUCAGGUCAACAAAUAUAUGUCAAUGAAGGAAUAAAACAGAGCUUGUUACCUUUAUAUGUCCACUUAUUGUACAAAGAAACAAAGUGCUGGAGGUCUUAUGAGGACAUUGAUGAGCAGUGUUUGGGAAGGAGUGUUCAUGAAAACAUUGAGAGGCUGUUUCAUAAACUGGAAAAAAACUAUGGAUUCCUGCUGGUCUCAAAAUUCUUAAGCUAUAUAACAUUGUCAAAAUCAGGAAUCAGUGAAGCAGAGCUGGUGGAUGUUUUGUCAAUGGAUGAUAAAAUUUUACUUCAGUUCUCUGACCCAAAGAAAAUCCCAAAUAUUUUGAGAGUACCGGACUGGGUAAUAGAAAGUUUGCUCUUUGAUCUUGAAGUCUGCUUGGUUAAAGGAAUAUAUAUGGGGUACCAGUUGUUAUCCUGGACAAACAGGCAUUUUCCAUUUGUAGUCUGGAAACUUUAUUUAACAGAAAUGGACACUGUGGUUGAAAUGCAUAAUGUUUUGGCCAGCUACUUCUCUGGACAGUGGGCUUAUGGAAGACCAAAGCCACUUGUCAGUAUAGGAAAUUGCACUCUAACUGAAAAACAGAUAAGUACCCAACAAGUACCAGAGCAGAAUUCUUUUUACAAGAUUUAUGUUGAUAGACAGCAACCUUCACAACCAUGGGUUUUUAAUUUGCAUUUUGCAAACCAAGAUUCUGUUUUUGUUAAUAUGCGCAAAGUGAUUGAGUUUCCUUUUCAUUUAAAGGAAUGUGGAAGAGCAGAAGACCUUUUUAAGAAUGUGCUGACAUUAUUUUGCUAUUAUGAAGCAAUGGUAAAAGCUGGUUGCUUAUAUCAGCUGCUGUUUGAAAUCGAAGAGGCAUGUCAACUGACCUGCAGGAAGGAGCUGUGUGUUCUAAGUGACAUUAUUAGGAAAUCAAGUUGCAUAUUACAAAACUCCCCUGAUAAGUUAUCAAUGGUCCUCCAAUCAUACCUGCUUCCAGUUGUUGACACCUGUCCAAACUUGAUAAACCUGUUCAAGGAAGCAGAUCAGAAUGAAUUCAAGACAUCUGUUGUGUGUGUUCUUCACUCUCCAUUAACUCUAAUCUCCUGCAUGUACACCACCCUGUGUGCGAUUGCCGAACCAUCUUUAGUAAGUGGCAUUGUGGAAACAGAGUCAUUAAUUAUUGUCACCCUAAAGAAUGGUACACUGUAUACAUUAGGUGAUACAGAGACCACAACAAUCAAGUGCAGUAACUUGAAAGAGGACACCAUCUCAGUUGUGAAAAUGUCUAGUGAUGGAAAAUACCUUUUACUUUCCACUGGAAAAAACAAGUUAUUAAUAUUUGACUGCACUUCAUCUGCGUUUCUACAUAACAUGGAGUUUACUAAAGCUGUGGUGGAAGUGACAGAAAUUCUACAGCCCAUUAAAGGCUUUGGCCUUUGUGGCACUGAUGUCUUUGUUUGGUUUGAAAGUGCUAACCUUGUCAAAGUUUUCAAUAUAACAUCAGCAGAAAUAGUUAAGCAAUUAUCCUGUCUUCAUGAAGUUACUGCUUUUUCACAUUCCUUAGACAAAAAAUAUAUAUUUAUUGGUCAACAACAAAAUGUUAUUUCUGUCUUUGAAAGUGAUAAGUCACUUCCUUUGGUUUCUAUCUGUGAAGAAAUUAGUGAAGGUUUUAUUCAUUCAAUUUUUUGUGAAUCGGUUCAUGCAAUGUAUAUAAUAGGCAGCAAAGGUAAUGUCAGUGUUUGGGACAUAACUAAUAUUCUUACACCGCAGCAUACAGAGGAAGUACAUAAAACUGGGGAAUAUUAUGAUGAUGUAGUCUCCACAGAACACGUUUUGGAACAAAAAAUUCUUCUAGUUUGCAAAACUGCAUCCAUAGAAAUAUGGGAUACAGUAGAUGGCAUAAUAUUAGAUAGGUUCAAAGGACCUAGAAACAGUACAUUUCUUAAUGCCAUAUUGUCAAGUAAUUGUGAGUUUAUAAUAGCUGGUUGUCAGAAUUGUAUGCCACUUCUAGUAUGGAAAAGACAGACUGGGCAGUGUGUGCUGAUAUUGGAUCAUAACUUUGGAGAAAUAACAAUGUUCACUAAAUGCAUCAGCCAAACCAGCUUGGUUGCAGUAACAUCAAAAGGUUUUCUUCUGGUGUGGAAUUCAGAACUAAUUGACCAUGCUUCCAGUAUGGGGAGGACAGCUAAAUCAAUAAGCAUUAUCCUUGUACCACUGUAUAGUAAGCAUUUUUACACAGGUGAUGGCACAAAUGUAAUCUAUAAAUGGAGCAAGAUCAGUUUUAAGAUAGACACUUCUUUUGAGCAUGAAGACCUUGUGGAAAAUGUAGCAGUCACAUGGACUGAGGAAUACCUUGUGACAUCAGACAUCUCAGGAGAUCUAUAUGUCUGGAGAACAGCAAAUGGGGAAAAUAUGCACCGUAUCCAAAGCAGCCAUGUGCAUCAGUUAUUAAUAACACCAAACAGUCAUUUUGUAGUAUCACUCUGUGAAAACAGUACAUCAAAGGUUUGGAAAUUAACUACAGGGCAUACUGUAUGCAACAUACGUGCAUAUUUGAAACAAGCAAUUGUAACACCAGAAAGUACCUUUGUUGUUGGCUUAUAUGAUGGUGCUCUUUUGGCUGUAAGCCUAUGGUCAGGACGUAUCACUAAAAGAUUUUCUUGUGACAGAUGGGUCAUUGCUUUUCAGUCUUUGCUGGACUACCCAGAGUUUAUCAUUUUGAUUACCUCGGACAAAAUCCUUUAUACGUGGAAUGUAGCAGAAGAAACAAUUUGCCAACAAGUUCAGUUAUCAAACAGCUUUGUAGAUCAGUUGAGAGUUUUUCAGAGCUCUGGAGAUGGGGCUGUCCUUGUGUCAGUUUUAGAUAAAUCCAUCAAUAUUUUGCAUACUGUUCACAAGAGGGUUUGUGUCUUAACAGUAGAAGAUACAGUAUUAUCUUAUAAACUAACCAAAACUGGAGAGUUUAUAAUUUACAUAUGUUAUGGUACACAACUUAACUGUUACUGUGAUUUUCAUUCAAAUCCAGUUCUAAAUGUAGUACAGAUCUCUAAUGGUAAAAAUGUUGCACGACAUUUUUUGGGCAAACCUCCAUCUGCCAUGGAGAUUUCAGAAGAUGGUGUAUACAUUUUUGUUGGUUUUGAAGAUGGUACAAUUGGGUCUUAUGUGAUAGUUGGUACCAAUGAAGACAGGUUCAAAAUGAAAGAAAAUCUUGGGUUACUGGAAAAUAAAGAUCACACCUACAGAAAGCUAGGACAGUACUCAUGCAAAAAGUCACCAAACAUUGUGUGGACAGAGAAUGGAAGUGAAAUGCUAGAUACCCAAGUUUAACCUUGUUGCACAGAAGAUUACAUAAUAUAUGUAUUUUAGUAAUAAUGGUUUAGUCAUAUACUGCAUUUACUGAGCAGUUCUUGUUUACAUUGCUUUUCAUUCCUUGCAGGAUUAUCCACACAUUUACACUCCAGGCCUCUUUAAUACAAUAAGCAGAUGACUCCAUACUCAUGUGCACAUCUGACAACAUGGCACAUCUCCAAAAAAUUG